AAGGGGAGAUAAGUAACUUCCGCGUCGAAAGCGAAAGCGAAACAACCUUAUUCAUUCGAUGUGUGGAUUUUGUAAAAAUGCGAGGCUGUGUAAUAUUUACGGCAUAUUUUCUCAGUAGUACAUGUUUUUUGCAUUUAGUUGUGUGUAUUGAACCAAUUUCUGGCAUUUCCGCUGCCGCCGCACUGGUAGCUGCCGCCUUCCUGUCUGGGUACGAUGUCUUAAAAAGCUACGUUACUGAAACAUGUGGAGACCGAUGGAUACACAACAACUACACAGGACUGCCAAAGCAGCUGAAUGAAAAGCUGUAUGGACAACAUCUUGUACUAAGAGCUGUGAACAAUCACAUUCGAGGACACCUUAAGUCUGCUGAACCAGCCAAGGCUCUGGCUCUUUCCUUCCAUGGCUGGACUGGCACUGGGAAGAACUACGUGAGCCGCAUUGUAGCAGAGCACCUUUAUAAGGAAGGGAUGCACAGCAAGUUUGUUCAUCUCAUCUCUGCAACCAAAGAGUUUCCACAUGAAGGAAUGGUGCCAUUCUAUAAGGACCAGCUGCGAGCUUGGAUUGAGGGCAACAUCACCCGCUGUUCUCGCUCGCUGUUUAUAUUUGACGAGAUGGACAAGAUGCCGUCAGGUCUCAUUGACACCAUCAAGCCGUAUCUCGACUACUACGAAAAUCUGGGAGGUGUCAAUUACCGCAAAGCAAUAUUCCUUUUCCUCAGCAACACAGCCGGAGGGGACAUCACGCAAUAUGUGUAUCAACAUUGGUCAAACGGCUACCCCCGGAAAGAUAUCAAAAUGGCAGAUGUUGAAAAAAUAAUUUCCCGUGCUGCACUCAACUCAAAAACUGGACUUUGGCACAGUGAGUUGAUCUCCAAGCACAUGAUAACAGCAUACAUCCCCUUCCUACCACUGGAGAAAUCCCAUGUAAGGAGAUGCAUCAAGGACAGCAUGGUUGCUAAGGGUUAUGUAUUGACUGAUGACAGAGUUGAAAGUGUUGUGGAAGAACUCACAUUCUGGCCUGAAAGUGAACAGGUUUUCUCUGUAACUGGCUGCAAAAGGGUAGCCGAAAAAGUGGAUUAUGUUAUGGAAGAAUACUAGAAAAAGAAAUACAGAAAGUCUGCUAUCUGUCUGUCUGGAUGGCAUUGAAAGGUCCAUGAUUGUUUAAUGGUGUUCACAUCCUUUUGGAACUUGUAGCUGUACAUAAACUAGCCAUUUACCAUGUUGCCUAUGAAAAUUGAUACUUUAUGUCCAGCUACCAAUCCUUGACAUAAAACAUUUUACUUGCCUGUCUCAUGCUGGUGUCAAGCUUAUCUCAUGACAAAGACUAGGACAUUAUUCAGUGGGAGCACCAGAACCUGGGAUGACGUCACCAGAACCUGGGGAUGAAGUCACCAGAACCUGGAGAUGAGGUCACCAGAGCCUAGAGAUGUAGUCACCAGAGCCUGGGGAUGAGGUCACCAGAGCCUAGAGAUGUAGUCACCAGAGCCUGGGGAUGAGGUCACCAGAGCCUAGAGAUGAAGUCACCAGAGCCUGGGGAUGAGGUCACCAGAGCCUAGAGAUGUCACCAGAACCUGGGGAUAGGUCACCAGAGCCUAGAGAUGAAGUCACCAGAACCUGGGGAUGAGGUCACCAGAACCUGGGGAUGAGGUCACCAGAGCCUGGGGAUGAGGUCACCAGAACCUGGGGAUGAAGUCACCAGAGCCUGGGGAUGAGGUCACCAGAACCUGGGGAUGAGGCCACCAGAACCUGGGGAUGAGGUCACCAGAACCUGGGGAUGAGGUCAUCAGAACCUGGGGAUGUAGUCACCAGAACCUGGGGAUGAGGUCACCAGAACCUGGGGAUGAGGUCACCAGAACCUGGGGAUGAGGUCACCAGAACCUGGGGAUGUAGACACUUCAGGACAUCUGUCCUUCUGGUUGCAUAUUAUUGUGGAUCUGUUUCCGUCUCAAAUAGUUGUGAUUUGAACAGUGUAACAGCUAUGUGAAGUGCAUGUUGAGCAAAAGCAUAAUGUUGAUAGACUUCCUGAAGUUUCAUGGGUAAAUUAUUCCUGAUUUUAUUAUGUGUCGGUUCCCAAAUUAAAACAGUAUGUUAAUCCAAAAAUCUGUAUAUAAAAGCAUUUAGUGUGAAACCAACAAACAACCAACAAAUGGUAUACAAUUAACAGAUGUUAUUACAAAAUUCGCUAAGUUUACAAAUCAAUACAAAUUACUGCACAGUAAUAACAAUGGCAGUACACAUUAGAGUGAAAGUACAAUAAUGGCAACAUAUAAUAUGAUGGCAGUGGUCAGUAGCAAAUACAGAAAAAACUGUGGUGAUAGCAAAAGUCAGUAAUAAAGUCGGUGAUGGGCUAGGCAGGAAUUCAGUGAUGAUGAGCAAUCCUCACAUGAAAGCUGGUCUUGAUAUGAUGAAAAUGCAUGGGAGAGAUGAUAUGUGUUAGAGAUAUGCAAAAAAGCCACUGUCCCCUUAUAUACAACCUACCCAGCCACUGGAAAGUUCCAGACAGUGCUCUCAUAACUUGGAACAUUACAGAAAUUUCUGUAUGUUUCUAUAACAUACUAUAACCGUCUGCAGUAUACGGACCAGAAGUUUACACACCACACUAGCAUCCUGACGACUGAUCACUGUCCAAACACAAUGCAACGAGUGUCUACAAAAUCUCAACAGAAACUAUGUAACACAGUUGCAAUCAUUAUUACACACAAAAAUACACUGCCAUGUAAUAAUUUAUUUUAAUAAUCUACUUAUUUUUCUCCGAAAUAGGAAUGAAAUAUAUUUUGAUGAAGGAGAGUCCUGAUCAAUCAAUGUUAAUGAGAAUUAAGUUCAUCCUUUUUGAGAGGUUGGAGUCAUGAAAAUAGUAUGUGUUCUGUGAAGUGCACGUUAGUGUUCAAGGUUAUGAUAUUUUUAUAUCUGAUAUAUUAUAUGUCCCCCUUGUUUGUCAUGUUUAAGCAUGUUUAGUUACUUAAUAUGUCUUCCAAUGCAUGCUAAGCAUGUUUCGGGCCUGGCCUUUGGGGUGGUUCUAUAGGGAUAGGUCAAGGUCACAGUAUGUUAGAGCUGCUUUUGAUAUUAAUGGUUUCUUCGUGUUUAGCCAUGGUCAGGGUAUAGGUGAUGAAUAUUAAGUUUUGUUCUUGUACACUAGAGUUCCUGUAGUAUAUUUUUUAUUUCA